AAAAGUUUCGUUUCAUACAGAGUGCCAAACAAAUUUUGCUUAUAAAAGAACCAACAACACAAAAUUUACUCACCAAAUUAAUCUCUGAAAGAACGCUAACACAAUGGCCGUUUUUGUUUCCUCGAGGUUGCAUUCCUAUGUUUGUUGCCUCCUUUUCAUAAUCAUAUCUCAAGCCAGCGCUCAGCCAAGUUUCUUAAAUCACUUCUGUCUCAGUGAUGAAGGCAGGUUCACAGCCAACAGCACCUAUGAGACCAACCUCAACACCCUUUUGUCCAAUCUCACUUCCAACACAGAAAUCGACUAUGGUUUCUACAACCGCUCCUACGGUGAAAACAGUGACAAAGUAUACGCCAUUGGGUUGUGCAGAGGAGAUGUUAAAGCAGAAGAAUGCCGCAGCUGCAUAAACAAUUCAACGGUCCUUCUCACACAGCUUUGUCCAAACCAGAAAGAGGCAAUUGGGUGGUAUGACAAGUGCAUGUUGCGUUACUCAAACCGCUCAAUAUUCGGCCUCAUGGAAACUUCACCUUUGUUUUAUACGUUGGAGUUAGUGAAUGCAACCAACGUGGAUCAGUUCAAUCAAGUGUUGGACAACUUGGUGGACAAUCUAACAGCCAUAGCUUCUGCAUCAGGUGACUCUCGUCGUAAGUAUGCUGCCGGAAAUGCAACUGCAACAAAUUUAGGAAGCACCAUAUAUGGUGUUGCGCAGUGCACCCCUGACUUGUCUCAACAAGACUGCAACCGGUGCUUGGUUGAUGCUUUCUCAAGAAUCGCAAGCAGCGGCAAGAUAAGUGGUGGAGUUGCAACACCCAGUUGUAAUAUUAGAUAUGAAAACUUUCGCUUCUAUGAUGAACCUUCUACCACUGCUGAUGCACCUGCACCCUCACUGUGAUCCUCUCACACUUCCACCAUCAACCUUUAAUGCUAAUGGAAAUUCAUGCUGAACUCACUGUGAACUCAAUAAAUGUCCAUUGAUUUGUUGGGCAUAGUAUUGUCUGAAAUUGAAAAAAUAGUAUCUGAAAUUGAAAUUUGUUUGUCAUUA